AUGGGCGCACACAAUGGGCUGAUGCGCAUAUUCUGGCCAUCAGACGCACCGAACGGACCUCAAUCUGGCGUCCUGGUAGGGUUCAGAAACUCGGAAUUGGAUGUCUUUGUCGUCUCCAUCCUACAAGAAGUCGAGCUUCGCAAUGUCGAGAACGCGCUGGUAGUAGGCACUCUGCUACGACAUAGCCCGCACGACAUCAAAGAGCUGCUUGCGCGAUGUGGACACACCUCUCUGCGUGUCCUGGGUGAGGUCAACCCCAAGGCACCAGCGGAGCAUGUCCACAAGAACCUCCUCUCUGCGUACACCGAUCCGUCGAACCGCCUGCCGCGAUGGUACUGCCCUGCCGACAUGCUGUCGACCAUACAAAUCGUUGUCUACGACCGACCAGACCCAAUGCGCAUGCAGUACCUCUCGUUGACGCCAAUCGCACUUGCUCUGGGAGACAAGAGCAUCAGCGAGAAAUGGGACAUGGCUUUUGAGAAGCAUGAAGCUGAGGAAGAACAACGGAAGAGGAAGAAGGCAAUGCUCGUCGAGAAGCUGAAGUUGCACAAAGUAGUCGCACACCCACCUACUCCGAAAGAGGCCGCGUUGCCCACUCUCAUUGAGCAGGUGAACUGUUCUUCUGAGCUGGAUGCGCUUCUGCAGCAGAACAUCGGCAUGAUCGGCAGGCGCAUGAAACGUGCCUUGAGCGUCAGCGAGCGAGUCGUCGAGUCAGCGAACAAUCUGCGGGACUACAUCUACGCUAGCUUAUGGUACUUCUUGACGGUCUGGUUAUGGCCCAUAGCCGCACAGCUCUUCGUCCUCGGCUUGAUGGCUCACCGCAUAGCGGGCGAGUACAUCUUGCGUGUCCUCGACUGGCGGCUGUCACCUGACUCGCCUGCGUUGAAAGACAUAUCUGCGACAGCGCAGCAGAUCGACAUACGAUUACAGCAGUUCUGCUACUGGCCGAUCCAGUAUCUCACGCUGCGCAAGAGGAAGGCUAGCUGGGGAAGCAUCACGAACAGUCACCCGGAGUACAUUCGUUUCUACAACAGCCUGUGGCUAGUCGCCAACGAUGUCAUCAUGGGCAUUGCUCUGGGUUCCUAUAUCAUCGAGAAUUCUUCGUUCGUCGCCGCACAGGUCGACACCAUCUUCAGUGCUUGGUCAAUUGAAGGUCUGCGACGUAUGAUCUCCUGGCUCACAGGUUGGCCACCACCGGGAGGUCUGAAGCUCAACACCGAGCUUGCAGCUUUCCUGGGCGACCUGUUUCUUUGGGUCAUCGAAUACUGGGCUGGAAUCAUGUCCAUACUGCGACCCCAUCUGCCGGCCCUAAUCCAGAUCAUUGGCUAUUCGGCCUUUGCUGGUGCUACGAUGCCUAUUUCGCUCUUCUCGGACAUCGUGUCUUUGUUGACGCUACACAUUUAUUCUUUCUACAUCGCCUCCGCUCGCAUCUUCCACUGGCAGCUGACCAUCAUCAUCUCUCUCUUCCACCUCUUCCGUGGCAAGAAGCGCAACAUCCUUCGAAACCGAAUCGAUUCCUGCGACUACGACCUAGACCAGCUACUGUUGGGUACAAUACUCUUCACACUGCAGUUUUUCUUGCUGCCGACAGUGUUCGUCUUCUACUUGACGUUCGCAAGUGCAAGGGUGGCUGUCAUCGCGCUGAAGGCUGGGCUUGAGAUUGGGUUAGCAUGUCUGAACCACUUUCCUCUCUUCGCGGUCAUGCUCAGGCUCAAAGAUUCGCGACGACUGCCAGGUGGCAUAUGCUUCGAGUUGCAAGGCUCAACGGAUAGCAAGUCGCAUCUCAGAGACGAGCUUGACCCAGCACCGAUCGCCUACAUUCGCCUCAAGUCUGUCCCUCUACCCCUCGGCGCCAUGUUCCAGUCUUACUUCGAGCUUGGUAACCGCAUACGGAAGCAUUACUUCUCGCCGAGCGUUUUCCUCAGCCUGGCAUCUGGCCAAUUUGUGCCACCCAUCCAUCGGAGAAAUCUGUAUAGUUUGCAGUACAGCAUGCUUCCGGCCGAUCGAGUCAGUAUCGGCGAGCUUUGGAAGCAGCUCACGGAGCGGGAUGUCAAAUCCUCGCACAGGCCUAACGGGCAUGCUCGGAUGCCCUCGUUCGAAGGAGUGAUCAAUGGACGGAGAAGGAGAGCUGCUAAGUAA